AUUGUCUCCUAGCAGCGAGCCUCGAGCUAUUUGCUGAUUGGUCCAUUUCCAACAAUCCGCCAUUUUCAAACUUCCGCAGUAGUGUGUUUGUGUGUGUGUGUGAAUGUGCUCUGUUGUCAUCGAGUGGAUUUCUUUUACGAUCAUCAUCGAUUCCAUAAUUGGCCCCGCAAAUCUGUCGUCGAGAGCGAUUUUAAACUAAAGUCUGCCGGAAAAAUGGAAGAAAACGAGGAAGUAAACGGGGGAACGUUGGGAAAGAAACCCAAACUCCGUCGGACGUCAUCGAGGUUGUCCACCAUCAGUGUCAUCAGUGCAGCUUCGUCGCCACAAAGUCUACGGAGAAAUAACUCCAAAAAACCUCCAUUGCAGAGAGGCAGCUCCUUCACCUUUCUCACUCCAGGGACACCUUGGGACUUCAGUAUGAAGAGAAAACGCAAAGAGAAGGACGACGACACGGUCAGCUUGUCCAGUUUCGACCUGAAGGAACCCACAACCAAGCGAGGAAGACCGCUAGCACGAGUGUCCUCUCUCGUCAACUUCAUGUCUCCUUCCAAGAACGGGGCGGUGCGACGUUUCGGUCAGACCAUCCAGUCCAUGUCGCUGCGUAGCGACUCCAAGUCUCCCGGCGCGUCCCUCAAAGGCGGCGGCGGCAGCAGCAAGAUGGCCGCCCCGACCCCCACCAAGCGGAGGAGCAGCACCUUGUGGUCCGAGACGCUGGAUGUUCACCAGAAGAGGUCCUUCUCCUCCAAGGAGAUCAAGAGACAGGAGGCUAUUCAUGAGCUCUUCAGAGGAGAGCAGGAUCUCAUCGAAGAUCUCCAACUUGCACGAAAGGCGUACCACGACCCCAUGCUCAAGCUCUCCAUCAUGACGGAGGAGGAACUGGCCCACAUCUUUGGAGACCUGGAUGCAUACAUCCCCUUGCAUGAAGAUCUUCUGAGGAAGCUAACGGAGGGGACGGGUUCUGACGGGACGGUGGCUGAGAUAGGCCAGAUGGUGAUGGACUGGCUUCCAGGCCUGAACGCCUACAAGAACUACUGCAGCAACCAGCUGGCCGCCAAAGCCCUGCUGGACCAGAAGAAGCAGGACCGGCGGGUCCAGGACUUCCUGCAGCGCUGCCUGGAGUCGCCCUUCAGCAGGAAGUUGGACCUGUGGAGCUUCCUGGACGUCCCGCGCUCGCGUCUGGUCAAAUACCCGCUGCUGCUCAGAGAGAUCCUCCGACACACUCCUGAUGACCACCCCGACUUCGCCGCCCUGGGGCGAGCCAUGAUCAUAAUCCAGGAGGUUCUGUCGGACAUCAACGUGAGGAAGGGCGAGUCCGAGUGCCGCUACUACAUCGAUAAGCUGGAGUACUUGGACCAAAAGCAGCGGGACCCUUUGAUCCAUGACUGCAAGAACCUUCUGUGUCACGGGGAGCUGAGGACCAAGAGCGGCUCGAGGCUGCACGUGUUCCUGUUCUCCGAGCUGCUGAUUCUGACACGUCCAGUGACUCGGAACGACAGGAGCUGCUUCCAGGUCUACAGGCAGCCCAUGCCGGUUCGGGACUUGGAGCUGGAAGACCUGCAGGACGGAGAGAUUCGCAUGGGGGGCUCCUUUCGGGGGGCUUUUACCAGUGGAGAGAAAGCUAGGAAUAUUUUCCGUGUGCGUUCCACGGAUGCUUCCCACACGCUGCACGUCAAUGACGUCUACCACAAGCAGCAGUGGCUCAACUGCCUGCGUGCCGCCAUCGCUCGCCACCGCUGCUCCGCACCUGGAGAUGAAAACUGCCCGCCUGCACCCCAGGGACCGCAACUCAGGCCGCAGACGCUCUCCGAAAGGUCUGACGGAGUUCCCUAACCGGGAAGGUUAGGGAACCUUCCCGGUUCUUUUUUUUCUUUUGAUAUUGAUUUCCGUCCAUGAUUGUGGAAUUAGCUUUUACUUUGUUUUAUCAGCAACUUUUGUCCUUCUGCAAAUGAUUCUUUAAAAAACGUUUCUGGAAAAAAAA